AUGAAGUUGCUCCGUGACUUUGCCUUCACGACGUCACUGAAGCCGAGUCCUACAGUUCCCCCCCAUCCUGAAUUCAUCAUGUUAGCCUCCAUUUGCCGGCGGCGGCUCCUCGGAACCCAUCAAAUUCUUGGCAGCGGCGGCGGCGGCGGCAGCGAUCCCCUCCGGAUCAUCCUUAGCACCAUCCCUUUCGCCCACACCUACUCCUCGUCCGCCGUCGCCGAUGUCCCCAACUCGGAACCCUGCCCAGCCACCGUCUCCUACCUCAUCUCCUGCGGGCUCUCCCCCGCUGGCGCCGCCGUCACAGCCACCACUAAAAAGAUCCGCAUCCUGUCGACCGACAACGCCGACGCUGUGCGCUCCCUCCUCAGAGACCAUGGAUUCGACGACGACGACAUCGUCCGGACUGUUCGCAGCGCCCCGACGAUCCUCCUCGCCGAUCCCGAACGGGUCAUCCUCCCCAAGAUCCAGUUUUUCGCCUCCCUCGGCUUCGAGCCCCGCAAGCUCGCUACGGCGCCUCUCCUCCUCACGCGCAGCCUCGACGAGCACCUCGUCCCCUCUAUCCAGUUCCUCCGCGGCGUCAUCGGCAGCGAGGACGACCUCCGCCUCGGCUUCUCCCGCGCCCCCAGGGCCCUCCUGGCGGACGUCGAGGAAAACAUGCGCCCCGUCGUGGAAGCCCUCCGCCGCUGUGGCUUCACCGAUGCGGCCAUUUCGGAGCUCCUCGUCACCCAGAUGGGCGUGCUCUUGACGUCGCCGGAUCGCAUCAGCGAAGUCUUCGAGCAACUCAAGGCAAUCGGUAUGUGCAUCUCGGACCCGCGCUUCAUGCACUGCUUCCGUGAGAUGUGUCGCCUUAAGAAGGACGCAUGGCUGCGGAGGCUGGCAUUGUACCAGAGCUUCGGGCUGUCGGAGGGUGAGGUGCUCGAGAUCUUCAAGGCGCAGCCCAUGAUACUGCAAUUCGGCAACAAGAACAUGGAAAAGAAGGUCCGGUUCUUGCUGGACGAGCUGAAGCUUGGAACAAGCUUUAUAAUUGCACAUCCUGAGAUUCUGUGUUCUGGCUUGAACGAGUGCAUCCUGCCAAGGUGCGCCGUGCUGUUUGUGCUGAUGAGGGAGGGGAAGAUCCAGGGAGGUAUCGAGUUGGUUGAGGCAUUGCUGGUCGAUUCAAGUGUUUUCUCGGAGAGAUAUGUCUUGAGCCAUGCCGACGAUGUGCCAGAUGUUGUCAAGGCGUAUGAGGGUCAGAUUAGAUUUGAAGGAUUCAGAUGA